AUGAAAACAAUAGCUGAAAUUAAAAACCAGGGCAUGGAUGUCCUAUUAAAUAUGAGUCCAAAUUUCGCUAAAAGAAACCCUGAUCCCGGUUAUAAAAUGAAAACGAUGAGAAGACGAGUUAUGGAUCGCAAGAUCUCCAUGGAGAUUGAUAUGACAGGGACCUAUUGCGAUGAUGUUCUACGACCCUUGUAUCUGUACAUGAUGAUUAUUGGAUUGAACCACACUUUCCAACAGAAAUGGAGGAGACGAAUGGCUCUAUAUAACUAUGCAGUUUUUGGAAUAUUGAUUUGUGCUACAAUCAGAAAAAUUACCCAAAUCGGUUUGACUGAACAUGGAAUAACCAUGGAGACCAAGUUAAGCUUCAUAACUCUGUUCAGUCCUAGUAUUGUUGUAACUACGACUAAUGCCUUAUUUUUGUUCAGCGGAACCUCUGCUGCUUAUUUAUUGUUGAAACUUCAAAAAGAACGUCAACGGGUCUACCAGGUGUUGGAUCAAGGAUUAGGAAAAAAUCGAGACGAGGAUCAUGAUAAACGACAUUUUCAUAUGAACAAGUUUCUUGUGGCUUUGAGCUUUUGUUUCUCCAUGACCAUGGCCGUCACGCAUAUGUUAUCCAAAUGGGGAAUAAUCAGUCUGCCUUGGACCCCGAAUAUGAUAAAUGAUAACUGGUAUUGGGUACCUCUAGAAGGAUAUGUGAUUUUCAUGUCUCAAAGUGCUAUAUCGAUGCUGGCCAUCUUAUUUUUCCAAUUAUGUCUGAUUUUACGAUUAAGUAUCAAGAAAUUAAUUGAUGAGAUGGUUCCCUCAGAAAAAGAAGAUUGUCCUCUGCCGGAACAAUCGCUUCAACAGAUUCAUGAUGUUCAAGUUCAUUAUCAAGAAAUUUUCAAUGGAAAAACACUGAUUGAAGAUCAUUUUUCUUUUGCUCUAUUGUAUACUUAUGCCUGCUGUAUUCCUAUAUUAUGCUCUCUCUCUUUCAUCAUUGUGCAAAACAUGCAGACUGACUUGGCUGAAUUGGUUUCUAUCUCAAUUUGGAUGACAAAUACAAUGGUCACAUUACUUUUAUUCAGCUUUCCAGCAUUCAUGAUACACGAACACGGUGAUAAACUACUAAGUGCUUCGUUCAAGAUGUACCACGAAACUCUGUGUGAAGAACGCGACCUCCUUGUUCUGGCACAAAUGAAUUUCCUAUCUUUCCAAAUGCAUUCAACUAAGCUCACCUUAACAGCUGGUCAUUUCUUCUACAUGAACAGGAAAAUAUUGCUGAGCUUGUUGUCUGCCAUUUUCACUUAUUUCCUCAUUCUGAUGCAGUUUGAAGAGAAACACACAAGGAAAUAA